GCAACACCAAAAUGCCCAGGACCAGUUUUUUCUCGGUCCUUCCUGCUUAUGGUGCGCUCGUUGACUAGCCUUGCCCGGACGGGCCGCUGCGACUACAACCUAUUAUUUCUCCAUUGUUUUAGCGACCGGUUGGAUGCCUCGCAGCGCCGUACUAUCGCGCCAUGCUAAGCGAUCAAGAGAUCGAGCGGGCCGCCGGCCAGCUCGCUGAGUUCAAGAGAAGCGACACCCUCUCCCGGCUUCUCGACCAAUACUCCGUCCUGAUCGAGGAGUACAAGCGACUCAAGAGCGACUACGAGGAGGAACGCGAGGCGAGGGAAAAGUAUAAGCAGAUGGCCAAAGACCAGGAGCGCAACCCGUUCGUGCUGGUUCUCAUUGAUGGCGAUGGCUAUGUCUUCAACGACACCUUACUUAGUCAGCGAGCCGAGGGCGGAAGUCUCGCUGCUCAGAUGCUCAACGACGAGGUCAAGGCAAGUCUGCGUCGGAAGGGCCUCGAGCACUGCCAAAUCAUGGUGCGAAUCUACGCCAACGUCCUUGGCCUAUCCAAAGCUCUCGCCAAAACCGGGGUGGUUAGCUCCGAUAGCCGGUCACUCGCCCCCUUCAUCGCUAGCUUCAACCGCUCAUAUGGAUUAACCGACUUUGUCGAUGCCGGCCAGCUAAAGGAGAACGUCGACUUCAAGAUACGUGCCCUCCUGCGGCUCUAUGCCGAUAACAGCCAGUGCAAACACAUAUACUUUGCGGCCUGCCACGACGUCGGUUAUGUUUCCGAACUUAUGCCAUUUAUGGGCAACAGCUCCAAGUUUACUCUUGUUAAUACUCCCGGUAACCUCUUUCACGACGAAUUCGGCAAGCUAGGCAUGGGCAUCGAGGAGUUCCGCAAUGUCUUCCGGCAUUCUCCGAUCGACGGGUCGGCCGCACACCCCCAAGAUAAUAGCAACCUCGGGGGUGCAAGCAGAACGGUUUCAGUGCCAUCGCUGCCACCGAAGUCACCCACUAAGUCCUCGGCGACUUCUACGGCCGACCAAGAGCAAAAGAAAGCUUGUCUCUUCUUCUCGAUGGGGAAGUGCCGAUAUGGCAAAUCGUGCAGGAUGCUACAUGUUAGCCCCACAACCGAGCCGCAGAACACCAAGCAAUCCACGGAUCAGCCCUCGUCACAUAGUCCAAAAAAGCUGGAAAACUCGGCGGCAUCGCUAGAUUUGCAGCUAUCCAAGCUGCCAAUAGAGGAGGAAAUACCCGAUGGUUGUGUCAUGGUUAACGAAAACAACCACCGCAUCGACCCCCGCCUGCCCUUUGCUAGCGCUGGUGUUAUAAACCGCCUAAAGACCCGCGUAAACAAGAGGCGGAUAUGCAACCGGUUCCACCUGCAAGGGUUCUGCGAGGCCGGCGACCGAUGUGAAUACGAUCACGAGACCCUGGACCAGGACUUGCUUCCGGCUCUUGUCCGCCUGGCUCGGUCCCAGCCGUGCCCGCGUCGGGGCGAGUGCAGGCUGGAAGGGUGCAGCCGCGGCCACAUUUGCCAGAACCUCGAGUGCAGGCACCGGGGUGGUAAGCUACAUUGCAGGAUCCCAUACUCUGCGCAUCUCGAGCCGCUCAUCGUUGCCCGCUAUAUACCUAGCGUCCCCAGACAAAGUCGCCAGGCAAACAGCGACAGCGGAAGCAGCGCCACUAGCGAUUCGAUCUCAGAAUAAUGGCCCAAUGGCGAUACGAGUGUAUUGCCAGGCCAUCGCUGACAGACCAGGCCAUACAACCGACAUUGAAGCAUUUUCUUGUGCG